GUUUACUGUAUUGUGUUGUAUGUAUGAAUACAAGAAGGUGAAGAGUUUGACGUUUCUCUCUUUUUUUCUUUUCCUUCUUUUCUCUUUCUCUUUCUCUUUUUUAUAUAUAUUCAAUUUCUGCGGUAUAUUGUCGAGUCGUUUUUUAUUUUCUGACUUUGUGUUUGCUUGUUUGUUUUUCGUGAAGAUAUAUACAUCGAUAUAUACAUAUAUAUUUAUAUAUAAUGCCGACCCCAAAUACCAUCAGUGCCGAUGUGGCACCAAAAUUCUACGAUAGUAUUAGUGAGAAAUAUGAGAAGUAUUAUCCGCAAGAUCAGGGAUUGUUGGAUUUUAUUAAGGAGAGUUUGGAGUUGCUGCCGGGGGAUGCGAAGGUCCUAGACAUCGGAUGCGGAACCGGCAUUCCCACCUCUCUCGCCGUCACCAACUCCGGUCGCACACUCCACGGUAUCGAUAUCUCACCCAAGAUGCUCGAGCGCUCGCGCCACAAUGUUCCGCGGGGAACCUUCGACCUCGUGAGUAUGUUGGACUUUACACCGAGAGAGGGUGUGCAAUACGAUGGCAUGUUUAUUGUUCUGUCCAUGUUUCAUUUUACGAGAGAGGAGAUGGAGAAAGCGAUUGCGAGGUGGAGGGAUUGGGUGAAGGGGGACGGGGAGGGGUAUAUCUUUAUUGGGACCAUUGCGGCGGAGGAUGCGCUGAGGUUUGAGGAGGGGAUGCUUUCGGAUGAUAAGCGCUACGCGGAAAAUGUCCCGGGAAAAUUCAUGGGGGACGUGAAUACGAAUUUCCUGUACACUCAAUUGGGGUGGCAGGAUGUGUUGGCGGAGAACGGAUUUGAGAUUGUGAGGGAGAAGAAGGCGGUUUUUGAACCGGUGGAAGAGGCGGAGUGUGAUAGGGAAGUACAUCUUUUUAUUACGGCGAGGAGGGUGUAGAGGUGGGGAUGAGGAGUAGGAAUGGGAUGUGAAAGCAUGACAUUUCUCGGAGAAAUGAAUGAUAGGGAUGAUGGGAUGGUGGGUGGGUGCUAGCGUUGUGGAAAGCGUAUACUCAAAUACAGAUUGCGUCAACUAGGCUGCUCUUAUAUCCUUCAGAUAUCUUGGGGGCUAGAUUUACGACAAGUCGCUACGAUUCUUCACAUUCCCUCAACAUCAAGACGCCGAGUUUUCAACACAGUUUCUUCAUUAAUGUGAGAGAAGUAAUUCCUUAAUUUGAUAAGAGACUUUCCAAAGACGAAACACUUCCUCGUAAAAUCAUCCUUUGCCACCCCAGAACCAGCAAGCUGGAAUUCCCCUCUCAUGAAUUUUUAGUAAACAGUCGCGCCAUGAUCAUGCUGCCACCAUUUUUUCUUAGAAUACUAUGGGUAUACAUUUCUCACCAUCUUCUCUUCCCUUUCGCAGAGGGAAACGCAAAUCGGGGUUCAGUGAUGUGGCGACUCGGUAGAUGUUGUGUAUAUUCCUUGCUUGUCUCUCCGCCGUUUUGGUUUAUGGAGUCUUGUUUUUUUCUCGAACUUUAGAGGUUAGAGUUAAUUGGGUUUAUCGGUUGCGAGUCCGAACUCCACAUCCACAUGUAUUUUCCAGGAGGGUGGGCGUCCGCAUCUUCCUGUAUAUUUAGAGGAGCGCCCACCCCUUAUAUGUAAGCUUGGUCAUGGUAUUUGAACUCUAUAGUCUGCUAUUAGUAAACAUGCGUAAAUUUGUAGCGAAGGACGCUUGUUGACAUGGUGGGAAAAGAAGGAUAUAGUGAGUACC